UCGACCACAUGGGCCGGCCGCCCUCUCACUAUGCGGCAGCAGUCGACCGAUACGGUCGACAAAGCGGUGUGCACGGAGGAGUCUGGCGCGGCGCGGCUAGAGGCGGUGCUGGUCGCGCUAGUGGAGCGCAAGGCGCGCGCGUUGCACGCCGAACACGCCCGCCGCCGUGCGCGCACGCACCCCCUACUGCUGUUACUUCGGGACCAUUUGCCAGACGAAGAGGCAUGUAUGGUGGAGAGCCCCGGACAGGCGCUGCCGGCGCACUGGUGUGAACAUGAGAUUGCGAGGCACAAGCGCAAAAAGCUCAAAUUGCAGAUGCACCAUAAAAACGCACAUAGUCCUGGCCGGCUGGAGUCGGAGCGUCGUCGUCGGCGACGCAGGCGCAGUCCGCACGCACACACACACUCACACAAGCCCAGGAAACAUCGUACGCUGCUCGUAUCCGCUAUUGAUGAACAGGCGAAGGUUAUACAUGUAUUGGACCCAGACGAACUGCCGCGGAGGGCGCGUUACACGAUAAUGGUGACGGCCUGCCUGUUGCUCUUCCUAUGUUUACUGCUAGUCGGAGUUACACUGAGAAUGGCGCCUCUCAUAGACGACAUGGGUGAGUAA